AUGGCCGCGUCCGCGCAGCUCCGCUCCCCGGAUCCGUUGGAGCCGCUGCCGGGUCCGGGCGGGCGGCAGAGCCAGGAGGCGGCUCUGGAUGUGGGGCUCGGUGAGGACGGCGAGGCCGAAGACACGGCCGAGCUCCUGGCCGGGCAGAAGCAGCCGCGGAAUUUCUGGAGCUUCGACUUCUACCGGAGCUUCUUCGACGUGGACACCGCGCAGGUGCUCGAGCGCAUCCGGGGCUCGGUGCUGCCGGGGAAGAACUUUGUGCGGCACCGGCUGCGGAACAACCCUGACCUCUACGGCCCCUUCUGGAUCUGCGUCACGCUGGCGCUGGCCCUGGCCGGCGGCAGCCACUUGUCCCACGUGCUGGGGACGGCUCCUACAUCCCCCUCCGGCUCCCAGAUCCACAAAGUGACGGUGGCGGCCGCGCUGGCCUUCGGCUACGCGGGGCUGGCGCCGCUGGCGCUCUGGGGCUUCCUGCGGUGGCAGCCGGGAUCGCGGCCGGCUCCCUACAGCCUCCUGGAGACCGUGAGCGCCUACGGCUACUCGCUGGCCGCCUGCGUGCCCGCCGCGGUGCUGUGGGCCAUCCCGGCCGCGUGGCUCCAGUGGCUGCUCCUGGCGCCGGCCGCGCUGCUCCCGGCCUCGGUGCUGGCGCUGACGUUCCGGGCGCCGGGCCGGGGGCCGCUGGCGGCGCUGGCGCUGCCCGUGUCCUGCGGCGGGGCCCUCCCGGCUCCUGCCUGGCCAAGAUGGCGCCCGCGCUGCUGCUGA